AUGGGUAUUCCAUCAUCUCUACCCACAAACCCUAACCCCAGUCCCAGUCCGCCGCUUCCUCAAUCACCACCACCGCAAAUGUCGCCGCCACCUCAAUCACCACCAUCGCAAACGCUGCCGCUACCCCCAGGCCAAACACCAACUCUCAUUCCGCCGACCCCCCUCUCGCCACAAACUGAGCAGCAAAAUGAGACACCCAUUUUUGAAACUCAGUUCCCAAAACCAAUACCUGAAUCUGCGCCUACUCAAACGAAAUCUAAAGGUAAAACUAAAAAGGCUGCAGGUAGACCCAAGAAAGCCCCUGUCGGAAAACGAAAAAGAGCACCCUCUGUUCCUUUUGAUCUAAACUCUCCACCUCAACCUUCCUCUGAACCAGUCAGCAAAAGGACUAGGUCCUCCUCGCAAAUUCCACCACCAGCGGUCCAAACCCCUGUAUCUCAGUCACGCUUAAACUCUCCAACAGCACCUGUGUCCUCUGCCAAUAAUAUAGAGGAGCUGCUGCCAGUUUCUGGUGAAUCAUAUAGAGACGGCACAAUGUUGCUACACAUGGAUGUUUGUGAGAAAGUAGGAAAUACCUAUGCUUUGUUACAGCAGCAUCCUGAAGCCAGUGGUACUGCAGACCCCACUACCUUUGCACCAGCAAAACCCCAACUAACCACUGCCCUGCAGUUUUCAGCAGACAUUUUGUCCCCCUUAAGAUCCUUGGAAUCCAAAAUAGCAAGUUUCACUGUGCAACCAUCUGUUCCCUCACCUGACACCACAGAUAUCCUUGCUACCUUGAAGAGCUUAGAAGUUAAAAUUGAUACCAUGGCUUCAGAUCACAAUGAACCUACUGCAGGACCUGAAGCAGACCCUGAUGUAGCAACAAAGCCUUGA